UGAAAAAGAGGUUGAAAUUAAUUAAACGAUCAAAAAUGGCACGUAUAAUAGCUCAACUUGAUGGCAUUCAUAGACAUGGUGAACCUCCUAAAACUCCUACUUCCCCAACUAUAGAACAACUUCUCCGAGGACCGGACCCUUCGAGGUGGUCACCUCGGAGCUCCCCAACAUUCGGGAGGGAACAUGACAUGGAGGAAGAUCAUACUCAUACCCCAACACAUAGAAAAUCAGUUCUUGCCAAAGUCAAAGAUAAGGCUAAAAAAUGGCGAAACACGCUCAGCAAAAAGAAGCACAAUGAAGAUGGUAAUGCUACACCUUCGUGGGGUGUUAGCUUGGAGGAUGAAGACGACGACGAUGAAGAUCCUGAAUACCUUGGAGCUCCAAUGUAUGAAUCAGAAAUGGCACCUGAAGGUUACAAAGAAACAGCUAGACAACAUCCAAGAGUAAUUCCUGCAAUAAUCGAAAAGCAUGUUCCGACAAUUAACACUGCAAAAUCUGUUCGAACUACUCCUAGUCCUCGAUCUGCAUCGCGAACAACACCGCAAGUAUCACCGAAAGCUGCAACAACACCGCAAGUAUCCCCAAAAGCUGCAACAACACCGCAAGUAUCACCGAAAGCUGCAACAACACCAACAACAUUGUCGAAAACAAUGUCGGAGACUGUGGCAGAAAAACUCGCGCCAGCAUACGCCACAGUAACCGAAGCUACAUACGCCAUUGCUUCAAAAAUUCAAAGUCUCGCUAUUUCCGCCCCUGAGCAGCAAAUUCCUUCUCCGAAAACAGAGAGUCCGCCUUCGAAAUCCUCGGUUUCACCGAAAUCGCCAAGAUCGCCUGCGAGCUCAUUAGCAACAUACUCAACUAUAAAAGGCACAUUGGCACCAAUUAUUGCACCAAACUCGUCGAACCAACCAACACGAAGGGCCUUAACCCGACAAGAAUCAACUAAACAUAAGGAAGUAACAUUUGCACCCGAACUAACUGCUCCCGCGGCAAUAGCAACGACGAGUAAUCCGGUGAGUACGACGGAGCAAAUUUGGGAUAAGGGAGUGUCGGUAAAGGAGUAUAUAAUGCAGAAACUGGAGCCGGGUGAGGAUGAAAAGGCGCUGUCGCAAGUGAUAACGGAAGCAAUUAGUCCGAAAAAAGGAUCGGGUGAUGUGAGUGUCGUCGAAAAGGUUCGAGAAGCUGUAACAACUUUGCUUAGGAAUAAUGGUUUGGCUCAAAAUCAAUCUCAAGAACAACAACAGAAACGUGUUGUUUUUCAUUCGGCUCAGAAUUCUGCAUCAAAUAUUCCUAUGUCAAUCAAUGCUCAUGAAGUUGUUGAGGAAGAAAAUUAUGGACGAAUACUUCAAGCCAACUAAUGAGGAAAUCAAAAUGGCUAAUAAGGAAAAUGUAUUAAACUAUUUAAUUUUGAAAAAUAUUUGUCUUGUAUUUUUAUUUUUGUUAGUUCUGUUCCAGUGAUCUGUUUUUGACUUUUGUAACAUUUUUAAGUAU